CAGCACUUCCUCGAGGCGGAGAGACGAGAGCGCGCUCCGCGGCGACGCGCACGGAGGGGAAGUGGAAAAGGCGGAAGAAAGGACGUUGAAUAAACUUGCCAACUUCUAGCCGACUGGCUAGAAAUACAGUUAGAGGCCAUGUUACAGAGAAACUGGUGACUUACUUCUACACAGACUCAGUUUGCUAACCCACCGCCCUGUCUACAUUCAGUCACCGCUCUCUCAGCGCGACACACGACACGACUGCGGGACUCCAGUUUUCAAACAGACGUUGUUCAACCGACCCGAAGCCAUCCACCGUUACAAACUCACACUUAGCCGCUGUUAAAGUGCUGCAAUAACCCGCCAGUUGCACCGGCGGUACACACAACCGGCUCGCGGGCUCCGCGGGAGUCGGGCUUUUUUCCUCCCUGUGGGAAAAGUUGUCCGCGGUCGGUGGAGGUGCCAACGAGGCCUGCAGUCAGGAGGCUGCAUGUGUGAAGACCGUUGCUGGCGAGGAGUGACUCACGCAACGUUAGCGCCGACGCUCUGAACCAUGUCGGCCCAGGCACAGAUGCGAGCGAUGCUGGACCAGCUCAUGGGGACGGGGAGAGACGGAGAUACCAUGCGACAGAGAAUCAAAUUCACAGACGAGCGAGUCUGCAAAAGUCACCUCCUGGAUUCCUGUCCUCAUGACAUUCUGUCUGGCACCAGAAUGGAUCUGGGAGAGUGUAUGAAAGUCCAUGACCUGGCCCUCAGAGCGGACUUCGAGAUUGCCUCUAAAGAGCAGGAGUACUUCUUCGAACUUGAUGCUGCCGAACACCUCCAGUCUUUCAUCGCUGACUGCGACCGCAGGACCGAGCUGGCCAAGAAGAGACUAGCAGAGACGCAGGAUGAGAUCAGCGCUGAAGUGGCAGCAAAGGCUGAACGUGUCCACGAGCUGAACGAGGAGAUCGGGAAGCUGCUGGCCCGGGCGGAGCAGCUCGGGGGCGAGGGGAACGUAGACGAGGCCCAGCAGGUGCUGGAGAUGGUGGAGAAGACUCGAGGCUUGAAGAAAGAAGCAGAGGAUGUGUACAGAAACUCCAUGCCCGCCUCCAGCUUUCAGCAACAGAAACUCAGAGUGUGCGAGGUGUGCUCUGCCUACUUGGGUCUUCACGACAAUGAUCGUCGUCUCGCCGACCACUUUGGGGGCAAACUGCACAUCGGGUUCAUUGAAAUCCGCGAGAAGCUUGAAAAGCUAAGGAAAGCGGUUAUAGAAAAACAAGAAAGAAUGCGAUCGAGAAGGCGAGAGGAACGCGAAAAAGAUGACGAAAAGGAACGACAGUGGGAGCUGGAGCGGGAACAGGAGAGGGAGCGGGAGAGGGAAAAAGAGAGGGAGCGAGAGCGCGAGAGAGAACGGGAAAGAGAGCGUGAAUGGGAGAGGGAGCGCGAGAGGGAGAGGGAGCGUAGGAGGUCCAGAUCUAGAAGUGGAGAACGAUACAGGGAGGGAGGCACCUCGACUUCGUCCUCCCAUCGCUCAAGACGCCACCACUCCUCUCGUUCCAGAGAAGAAGGUGGCGACCGGGAUCGGGAGAGAGAGAGAGAGAGAAAACAUCGACACAAGGAGCGGCAUCGCUCGCGCUCCCACUCCCACAGGCCCAAGAGGAAGAGGUCUUCUGGAGACAGAUCAUCUCCCACUCGCGACGGAGAGCCCUCGCCGCCUCAAGAGAUGACCAGACCGAGCGCAACAGGAGAGGGCUGGCGUGAGGACAGGCCGGAGUACGCCGACUGGGAGGGUGGGGAGAAGCCCCCUCCUGCGGAUACGGCCACAGCCAGGCCCAGGGAACGGGAGAGAUCCCUGUCAUACGAGCGAGACCGGCGCUCCAGCUCUGAGGAGCGAGAGUCCGGGGAGAUAUGAACAGGGGUGGACGCCUCCGAAGUCUUCGAUUUGGAUACAUCACUUACUAAAAGGAGCAUGGGGAGACGAGUGUGUGUGUGUGUGUGUGUUGGUGCGAAUGUGUGCGCGCGUUCAUGGUAAAUCGGGACGUGUGUACAUCAGUGGGGGUGGACACUUAACAUGGGUAUGAGGGAACAACUUCUGUGGUGGCGGUGAAGGAAAACAUGCAAAACCAACUUUUAUAAGUCUGAAUUGUGGAAGCAAUGUAGUCCUUUUUUUUUUUUUUUUAUGCCAUCUUGUCGAUUCUAUGUACAGUUAUUCUGACCGUAACGAGUGAGCUAUGAGACGGCAGCUCUACGUUGAGUCUCUCUUUAGUUUUUUGUUUUUAUUAAUCAUUACGUUGGAACCGUUUCCUGUUGCUUAACAAUCUGUCGGUCUCAGUGGCUGCGGGUUCGUUCACACAGAUUUGACUCAUUAAAUGUGGCGUCCCGGGCAGUAGUGUCUGAAAAUGAGCUGUGAAUGACCGAAGGCACUUCUGAUGUUUGUCUUUGAUUUGCUGCCUUCAAGCCAUAACAAUCUCAUUUGGGAAAUCCGAAAUAUAUCCCAGAGCCUGCCUUUAAAUUCCGGAUGCAGUGAUGAGCUCAUACUACUUAAUAAACUCACUUGUGUCCCCCCCCCCCCCCUCGAAAGAAGUCAUCCAAAUAGUUCCACUCAGUUGCUGACAUGUGAAUGCAUAUAGAUGCAUAUUUACUUACCGACACGGAAAGACCCAGGGACUCCUGUUUGCUGUGAUACAACCUGGAUGUACUGGGGGAAUCCACUUUGCUGUGCCACCAUUACGUGAAUAAAAUGUUCUGCUUCUAUUCAAA